CUAUGUUUGCUGGCUGGCUCCAGAGGUUUCAUUUGAGAAAGGCAUCUAUCUACAUAUAUUUCUUCUAAACAACAAGAGACACCUCAAGAUAAAAGCCAUUCAUGCAGACAGUCGCAUUUUGAAGCCCAAGUUUCUUACUGCAAAAAAACUACGAGCCUUGAAGGUUGCUUGAUAGACGACAUAUCUCAUAUAUUGAUUUUAAUCUCUCUACUGCACUUGCGUUAUCCGUGAGAUAUUAUUAACUUUGGAGAAGUAGGAAAAUGACCUGAGAGAUCUUUAGAGCACGUGAGUUAAUGCGUAUAGAGGAGGCGGCAAUACUUGAUAAAGGCUACCUAACCUUGAUUAACUCACUUCAAGGACAUAUAUGUCCAUCUAAUCUCGGUUCCCAUGUUCCUGAGUAGAAUUCAUUUAAGUGCCACAUCUUGCUUUAUCCAGGAGCUAAAAAGAGAAAGAAAAAAAACAAAUUAUCGAAGGAUUCUAUUGAGGUUCGAAUGAACUCAAGCAUACAUUAUAACUUUACAACUUACAAGAUUUUUUGUUACCUAUCUCUUUGUAACUAAAGAGUGCUUAAACGUGUCUCUUACUUUUCUUCGUAAUUUCCGUAGAUAAAGACGUUGUGUAUGGCAUUCUAUGCGCGCUCUGAAGAGGCUCGCCAAAGUCAUUCAGUUCACAAGCUUGCAUUGGGUGGUGCACUUGCGCUGGAAGAUACACUCUCCAAAGGGUUGCCAAUCCAAAAAGAGAUAGAUAUGCUUCAGACUUAUCUUGAAGGAAUUCAUCAGGACUCGAUGUUAGACUUGGUGUUAUCAUCUCUUCCAGAAGAAGCACGAUCCAGUGGAACAGAUACAGUACAGCAGCUGAACCAGACGUUUAAUACCUUGAAAGGAGCACUUAGACACUUCAGUCUCAUUCCACGGCCUGGUGGCGGAGGAAUCUUAGCACAUUCACUAGCACAUAUAUAGCAUCGUGGCUCAAGGUGUUAAAGGAAGUAAAGCAGAGGAAAUAUAGUGAAUGCUUGGGUGAGACGUGCAAGAAACAGAGCCAUCACAGAACAAGCUGUAACUCUUCUCCAAUCUUAUGCAACUUGUGCUAGCCUCACUUGCUCAUUGAUUUUGGUCAGAGGAAGAAUGAGUGGUUGUUACCAUUCUCCAUUCUUCUGUUUAUAACUGCACUAUGAAACAGACAGUUUCUUUUAGGACUCAUCACUGCUUUGGUGUUUUAAAAUCACAGUUGUCCUUGUCUGAGUUAGAAUUUAACAGAAGCAGCUGAAUGCGCUUAAAUUUUGUUAGCAUCGCCCGGAUUUCUAUAAACAGUUCAAAUCCUCCCAUUUUCAAUUUAUUAUUUGAAUUUUCA